UGUCACUCUGUCAUAAAUUAAUAUUUGUUUUGUUUUAUAUUUGUUGUAUAAAAAAACAAUUUCACAGGAAAACAAUAUUUAGUGUCGUUCCGAUUUAUAAUCACUACAAUGAAGGAAACAAAAAUGAAUACUCACCUGUCCGGAGGCAGGUUAAAUGUAGCUUUAUUGCAAGAAACAAUGCGAAAAGAAUUAUUAAAUUUAUUACAACUCUGCGAAGGACCCAAAGUUACAAUAUGGGAUGAAUGGUUAGCAGGUCCAGUUGGUUUGAUUGCUCAGUAUUUACUACUCAAGGAUCAUGAAGUAGUUGAUAUGUUCCCUCUGAGACCUGGCAGUCUGCCGACCAUAUCUGUGAAGCAUAUUGUGUUUAUAGCUCGACCUAAACUUGCCUUAAUGGAUUUAGUAGCUGAUUAUAUCCAAUCUCUCAGAACAAAACAAAACUCUCCAGUUGAAUUCCACUUAUUCUUUGUGCCGAGAAAGAGUGAAUUGUGUGAGAAGACAUUGAAGGACAGAGCAGUAUUCUCUUAUUUAUCAAUACAAGAGUUCAAAUGUGACAUCUUCCCGUUUGACAAUGAUGUUAUGUCAUUGGAAUUACAAAAUGACUUCAAAGAAUUCUAUCUAGAAGGUGAUCCAACUUGUCUUUACAAUGCAGCGCAAGCUUUACGUACCAUCCAACAUUUAUAUGGUAUCAUUCCUAGAGUUUUUGGCAAAGGCCCUGCAGCUAAACAGGUAUGGGAUCUUCUUUGCCGUCUAAACAAAGAGGACCAAGGCUCGCCCCCAAAAGGUUCAACGACCUCCUGCAUUGACCAGCUGUUACUUAUCGAUCGUGCUAUCGACUUCACCAGUGUUAUGGCCACCCAACUUACUUACGAAGGACUUAUAGACGAGGUGUUCGGUAUAAAGAGUUCGACGGCGACGUUCCCCGGCGAGCGGUUCGUGAGCGCGGACGACGCCACGCCCGAGGUCACCGCCCGCGAGAAGAAACGCGUCGUACUCAACUCUAGUGAGGAGUUGUUCGCUGAAUUACGCGAUUGUAGCUUCACUGUGGUGGGCGCAGCGCUGUCCCGUAAAGCGCACGUAAUUAAAACUCAGCUGGAGGAGCGUCACGGGGAGCGCUCUGUGCAGGAAAUCAAGCAGUUUGUAGCGCGCUUGCCGCAGAUGCUCGCCAACAAGCAGUCGCUCGCCACGCACACCGCCAUCGCUGAAUAUCUUAAAGAAACGACAGAUUCGUUUGAAUUCCAAGAUACUAUCCAAUGCGAGGAAGACUUUCUGAACUGCGUUGACAACGAGAAGACGAGCCCUUUUAUUGAAGAUUUGAUCGCUCAAAAAGCUUCAUUAACUAAGGUGUUACGUCUGAUGUGCCUGCAAUGCGCGACGGGGUCGGGGCUGCGCAGCAAGGUGCUGGAGCACUACAAGCGCGAGGUGGUGCAGGUGUACGGCGCGCGCGGCUGGCUGGCGCUCUGCAGCCUGGAGCAGUGCGGCCUGCUGCGGCUGCAGACCGGCACCCGCAACUACGCGGUGCUUAGGAAGGCGUUACAUCUAACAUUGAACGAAUCUGAAAUGGACGCGAGCGAGAAGGGUUACUUGUCAAGCAAAUAUAUACCUUUGGCUGUUAGACUUAGUGAACAAAUUACCAAACACAAAUCAUGGACAGGUAUAGCAGAUGUAUUAACAUUACUACCAGGCAAUACAGUUGACGAACUCCAAACAUUACAGCCGCGAAUGGCUCGCAGGAACUCCAUCUCUAGUGAAAAUUCCUCAACCUCGGAGAAUCCUAGGGUCAUACUUGUAUUCUUUAUUGGUGGUUGUACAUACAAUGAGAUAUCUGCAUUGAGGAAUAUAAGUCAACAGGAAGAAUCUAACGUUGAAUAUGUUGUGUUGACAACUAAAUUAAUCAAUGGAAACACUUUCAUUGAAUCUCUUAUAGAAAACGAAUAAGAUACAAAAGUAGUUUGUAUAAGUGUGUUAUAAUUACCUAAUCAAGUCAUAUAUUGUUUCUAAAUAUUAAUAAAUGAUGUUCUCUAUUUCGUUCCAAUAUUUAUAAAAUAACCUAUCAAAUAAAAACCACAAGGAAUUAUUUCCUUGUAUUGUAAAGAAUAAAAAGAUGUUCCCUUGUUAAAUAAAUGUAUAUUAAUAAUUUUUUUAAUGUUAAAAAUACACCUGAUUUUCGAAAUUAAUUAUUCACUGUAUAAAAGUAUUGGUAGUAGUGGAGAUUUAGUAGUGCUUGUAUAACAAUUUUUAUUAAACUAAUUUAAGACUUGUAUAUGCUUUACUGUACGAUAAACCAGGCUAAGUUAUUAAUAAAAUAUUAUAAUAAAUAAAGAAAUUAUAC